GGGCUUCGACGAUUCUGUACAGCGUCGUGUGCAACAAAGUACCGAGCUUGGCAGCUAGCGAGAGGAGAAAGCCGACCCCUUUCAGAUUGUCAUCUUUUCAACGUUUUGAACUUUUAACAUUAUCUGGAGUCUUCUAGCUCAAUAUCGCUCGUCUAUAAUCAACUAGGACCGCCGUUAUUUCAGUUUUCGGACGGUAUGUGGACCCUUUAUAGAGGAGCAAGGUGCUUUUUUGAAUAGCAGUGCAGGUUCAACAUUUGCAAGCUGGCGUAAAGGAGAAAACCAGGACUGCGCUGCGUGUCGGUCAGCCAGGGAGAGCCGGGAGAACCAGCGCACAGCCGCCGCCAGCGCCACGGGGAGUCGGGGCCGGAGAGGGAGCCUGCCUGCCUGCCUGCCAGGCCCGCGGCUUGAUGCACUCUGCCUGCGCCCCUUCAGCCGCAGUUCGAGAUGGGGGAGACCAAAAUUAUCUACCACCUCGACGACCAAGAAACGCCGUAUUUGGUGAAACUGUCGGUACCGGCGGAUAAAGUCACUCUGGCAGACUUCAAAAAUGUCCUCAAGAAGCCAAAUUACAAAUUCUUCUUUAAAUCUAUGGACGAUGACUUCGGGUAACUAUUUCAGGGUUUAUUGUGUUUAAGCAAGCAUCGGCAGCGUCUCUGCUGGAGUGUCUCUCCUUUUAGUGCAGCUGGAUUUACGUUAACUGGGAGGUCAGCUCCGUCCAGCUGUCUUGUCAUCGGGGUUAGCCUUCUUACCUGUCUGUCGAUCCCCAUCUAUACAUUACAGCCUCUUUGUUAGCUGUUAGCGGAGUGCUCGCAACGUUAGCAGGUCUGUUUAGCGUCCCGACCCCGUUUGUUUACAUUGCUUGUGUGGCUAGCUUACAUAUCUUCCACGUCUUCGCUUUCUCUGACCAAGUUUGGUAUUUAAACCCUGACAAAAGUCCUUCAUAGCGUAUUCACUUACUUCUAAUAUAGAGCCACCUCUUUAAAAACGCAGAUAUUUAGCAGUUACUAUCAGUUAGUGUUGUCAUUUACAGACGAAUGUAUGGGACGUUUGGUGCUAACAGGCUAACGUCAGAAGGUAAAGGGCCGGUUUGAGUUAGCUCGUCAUUGAGUGCAGCAGGCCCCUGCUGUUGUUGUCUAUUAGCCCAAGGAAUGCAGAGUUGAACACAGGAAUGCCCUGUUCAUCACUCUGGCAGCUUUAUGAGCAUGUCCUUUUGUGUUAAACAUGGCUGGAAAAGUAGACGUUUUAUAUUCCUCCAGGCUGUGUCCUAUUCAGGGUGAAAUGUGAGGGAACAUGUACUUUUUCCAAAACAUUUUAGCCAACUUUCCAAAGUUGUUUUUGGCUAAAAGCAAAACUAGGGUGGGGCAACAACUUCUUAACCUUUCCAAGUGGGAUAGACAUGUUUUGAAAGGACCCACAGCUAUUUAUGUUGCGAAGAGUGGAGGGAUACUGUGUAAAAAAAGGAUUUAAACCUGUACUCCAACCCAUGGUAUAGAUCUAGCAACCUGUCCGAUUAGAAUAAACAUUUUACCCCCUAGAAUUAAAGAAAGCCCCUUUGAGCAUUACCAAUUCCCUCUUUCCCUGAAGGCACAGUUUAUCGUGAAACUAGUCUGAGGUUGACCUGUCCCCUGUUGGCUGUGGGACUGUGGUCGUCAAGGUAACAUCUGACACCUGAUUCACUAAAGGAAACAGUCUGUCUGGGAGGAUUUCAUGGAAAUUCACUCGAUGUAACUGGUUGAAAUGGUGACCGUUUGCACAAGGACACUUAAAAUCUCAGCUUUCAUCCAUAAGAGCCCGGAAGUCUCCUUUUUUUUUCAACGCUAUGGCACUCUUCCAUACAAUACCUUAACAAAUUCAUGCCAAACCUGCUUCAAUGCGGUGACACUGGCCGUCCCUGAUAUUUUGUUUGACUGUGCAAAAUUCGAAAGACUUCGUUUGUAGAGCUUUUGUGAUCAUCUAAAUUUCCCAAGAAAUGAAUCUACACUGAGAUUGAAUUACACUUGUGCAUGCUGACAUUUUCCUUUUUUGUUUCCUUUGGUUGAUUGGAUAUAUUUUUUCUUGACCACUCUGGGCAGCAAAGUAACUGUGUCAACAGCAGACCAUCAUGGACAGUUUUGUUUUUACACAACAGUCAAAUCUGAGCGUUCUGAAAUGCAGUAUUGUGUUUUUCUAGCAGUAUGAAGAAAGGUAGCGAGUGCUAUAAAAUCUGCUUUUGUUUUCUCGAUUGUCAGUGUCCGUCCUGGUUGUUGGAAGCACUGCCCAGCCUUAGAUUUUAUUGCCCUGAGAGUGCUUUCGUGUUAGUAAAGGCUUACUGAAACAGAGCUUUGUUCUCUUUACAGGGUGGUUAAGGAGGAAAUAUCAGACGACAACGCAAAGCUGCCCUGUUUCAAUGGACGUGUGGUGUCAUGGGUAUGUUCCAAAUACACCCUGAAGUAAUUUUCUAAUUUGUUUAUUUCUUCUUUGUUUUCUUUUUUAUGUUUUCAUUGUAUUCGUGUGGUAUUUGGCAACAAUAAUUCCCAUCUGUUAACCAGUGAUCACAACCAUACUCUGAGUCCGGGGAGAUGCCUCCUGCAUCUGUGUCAUAAUAUUAUUAACAGAUAAUGAUCCAUGUGGCAACAGACACUCAUGCAAACUCCAUUACACAUUUGUUGCUUUGUAUUUCUAAGUGCUUUCCAAAAGUUACAGUUGUAAUAGUUCAAAGCUAGUGAAGAUCAAAUGUCAUGUCUCUUCACAUUUUAGACAAAACCUCCGACACAUACAUACAUGUACUUGCAUGUACGAACUCAUUAAGAGGUUCCAAGCAGUAAUUCUCCUGUCUUCACAACACAAGAGACAUCUGGUUCCGGUGCACAGCCUCCCUUCCUCUCUUGUCCACAUUGGAAUUGGAUUAGGAGCAAGUGAAAUCACAGGAUAGGAGGAAAAUACCCCAUAACAAAGAGCUUCACUGCAUGUCAUCUAACAAGAAGAUUAAAUCUCACAGGCAGGGGAGAAAAAAAGUUGAAAGAAAGAGUGUUCUGUUUCUUGAAGUGAAAGGCUGAUGCACUCGGUUAAUUUAGCACAGUGUGGUUGUGAUUACAGGGUUUAUUUGAGAGGCAUCAACACGGUUUUGUCACUGGAUGUGGGUGUUACAGCAUGCACGUCCAGAUGUGUCCAUGUGUUGUUGUCUUCUUUUUCUAAUCAGACAAAUUACAUAGUUUGUCUGGCAGUGGUUCAAAGCCAGUUUCAAACUAUGUGAUGUGUGCGUUUGUAUGUGAUUUGUUAUCUCAGGGGUGUUGUGAAAAUGUUCCACAUACAACAAACUGAUCCAUGUCAAGUCCAUUUGUUUUUCCCCUCUGUUCAUCUGUUAUUUCUGCGAUUUAAUGAUUACUCUCUGGGGUCUGAGGGGCUUGGCUCACUAUCAUCACAUCAUAACAUGCCAGGCCCACACAGUCUGGCCUGCUGGACUUUGUUUUGUCAGUUGACAAAUAGAUUUUGUCAGUCACAGUAUAUUUUACCCUUUAUCUUUAUUGUCACCUUUACUGUUAUGCCAUGAUUAUACCUCUCUUUUUUUGCAAGUUGAAGAAACCUCGGUGAAAAAUAUAAAAUAAAACAAAAAAAUUCAUGUUAUCUUAAGAAUAUUAAGAUUGGCAAUUUCUUUUAUUCGACCACAAAAAAGAUUUUUUUUCCCAAAGUGACCCGGCCAAGUAGCAGCACUGUUUACAACAACAAAAACGCAGCUAUGCAUGCCUCCAAGAAACAUGACCAUAAUGCAAAAAACACAUAAUGAGAAUAAGUUAAAACAAGUCAACCACUUUUUUUUUUAAUGUACCAGCAGAACUUCUACAGCCAGAUGUGCCUCCAUGUCACUCAAAAAUGCUUUUAAACUAUCCAGUGAGAGCAGUUCCCAAAGUUUCAGGUGUUUUUUUAAAGUUUGUUCCAAGGAAAGCAAGCAGCAAACCUAAAUUCCUUUUUCCUCAGUGCAGUUCUGACCUCUGGAAAGACAGAAAAGUCCCAGUGAGCGAAGAUAAUAGGUUUCUGUACUCUUUUAUCAGAUUAGAAGAUUUGAAGGAAGCAGACCUAUAGUAGACCUAUGAAUAAGACUACAUUAGUGUUUUAAUCUAUAAGUAAGACUACCAGUCAUCAUAUUUAUUCAGCAAACAGCAACGAGUGAGAGUUUAAGAUGUCUGAUCUGUCAGCUCAGACAAAAGGCACAUGUAAACAAGUUCUCAUCAUAAUCCAGUACAGACAGAAAAGAGGAAGCAACCAGUCUCUUCUUUGAUUUAUGAUGAAAUCCGGUUUAUGAUUUUUUUGGGGGGUUCUUUUCAUGUCCUGAUGCAGUACAAAAUAGUCUAACUGGUCUGGAUGGGGCUCAUUUUGAUCAUUGGGACACCCCCUUUGCCUGACUGACUCUGGUUAAAAUCAUGUUGAGUAUAUAGAGGGUCUAUUACACAGGCAAAGAGUUCACUUUGAAACGACCCAUCAUUAAACACUUGUUGUUUUGAGCUUUUCAAAUCAGACUAUUGCACUGUCUCUGCUUGAUUUAGAUUCAAGGGGACUAACAUGUCCAGACUUUGAUCCAUUGACAAAAAGACAAUUGAAGACAUUGCAUAAGGACACUUUGUAGUUAACUCCAACUCAUUACCCACUAAUAAAAAGAAAUGAGAUUAUUUAGCCCCAGAGUAUUAUACAGCCGAAUACUGGAGAAUUCCCAACAUUUUGAGUUUGAUGGAUGUGGUGAUGGUAGCGAGGAAUGUGUUUCAGCUUGUGCCUGCUGUGUAUGAAAUGAAAUCAGAUUCUUUGCACUGGACAACCGAAGGCUUCUCAUAGUCACACUAAUUUUGUGCAAGCUUUGAAGCUUGUUUUUGCAUGCACACCAUGCGCAUUCAUGCUGCUUUUCCCAAUAUGGAAAACAUCCAAAAAUACCACAGCACUCAAAAGCCAUGGCAGAUUUGGUAAAAAAAUACGUUUUUGAAAAAGCAUGACUAAUGUUCACAGGAAUGCACUCAAGGUAAACAGGGGGAAAUUAUGGAAAUAUAAACAGUUAAGUAAUGUAAUGGUAGAUUUUGACCACUUAUACAAACCCCCCUGGAACUGUCAUGGUCCAGUGGAUGCAACUUUUUCCCACACACUGGUAACUUAGGCAACACUGUCAGGUAGCUAAGUUACUAGAGUUGGCUCAGGCUCCAUUUUUCGAGACUCUUGCAACAACAAAUUCUUUUGUAUAGCUUCACCAUUCUAGCAGGAAAUUUAUAGAAGACGUGUAUACAAUUAAACCAGACGUUUUAAGUCCUACAUUGCUGGCACACCUUUAGGCUUCAACAAUAAAAAGCCAGGAUGUGGAUAUGCCCUCCACCCCUUGGAUAUAGUGUAGUAUAAACAUAAUAGUGCUCUGACGUGGGUCUGCUGCCCUACUGCUCUGCUUCUUUGAGUUUAUUCUUCUCUCUUGAGUCUGUGUCUCAUUCCUCUGUCUGACCUUCUUCUCUGUCUGUUGACAGCUGGUCUCUGGAGAUGGGGCCCACACAGAUGCAGGCUCAGUGGCCGACAGUUUAGAGGCAGCACCACCUUUGGAAAGGACCGGGGGCAUCGGGGACUCAAGACCACCCUCCUAUCAGUCAGUGUAAUGAGAAAAUGUUUCAUGGUGCAUUUCUUUUUCGUGGGUGUGUGAAAGGGAGCGAGAUGCCACAUGUAAUUGGCGUUUGGCUCUGUGUGGGUUUCUUGGAUGAGUCCACCUUUGUUUGCCGAUAACAUCAUUAACCGAGGAAACAGCAACCUGAAUGAAACAACGUGACACCCUGUGACUGCCCAGAUUAAAUCUACUUUUUUUAUUUGAUAAUUUUUUUGGAGAUGGAUUGUGUUGGAUGUAUUCAUGCAGAAAACAGAUUUCUCUUUCUCAUAAGUGCUUGCAAUUCUAAGAGCAACCUGCUCAUUUUUUAAAGUAUGUAGAAGAUUGUAGUGUGAGGGGACUCUAAAAUGCGAUUAUAAUGAGAAGUAUUUAUCACACAACAUGUGUUUUGACAGCUGUAAAAUGAGCUUUAUUGCUUAGAUAAUGAUACAGUGCUAUUCUGUUUCCUUCUAACACUCUGUCUUCUGUGCAUCAUCGCUGUGUGAAGUGGGAAGGCAGCAAGCGGCCGGGACAGUUUGGACAACGACACAGAGACUGGCUCCAUAGUGUCACAACGGAGAGAGAAGGAAAGGCCGCGACGGAAACACACCAACGACCAUGGUCAGAAAAUGUUUGCUGAACACUGUUUUUGUUUUCCCAAUAAACUGCCCGUGCCCGUUUUCUUCCUCUUAUUUCAGAAUGACUUUAAACAGCCAUUUCUGUUGUAGGCAAAAAAAGAUUUUACCUUUUUGUAUUUAUCAACAAAAUAAGUGGGCAAAGGGAGCCAAAACUAGGGACCGUGGCGUCUACGACUGAAGCCUCGACAUGGGGGACACGCUUUAAUGGCAGGGAUUAGAAAUGAAAAUGGUCCUCUAUAGUCCUAUGUAGGGAUGUCCCGAUCGAUAUUAAUAUUGGUCCGAUAUCAGCCAAAAAAUAAAGCAUCUAAAAUCUCCGAUAUCACAAUUUGGAUACAAGCAUUCCAUUCCAGACUCCACUCCAGCACUUCUAUCUAGCAGUGCCCGGAUCUAGCAUGCAGAGUCCACAUGAUCACAACAACAGUGUGUACUGAGGUACUAACAAAGUAGCAAGGAGUGAGAGUGAUGUAGCAGUAUUUUUGUUUAAGUCCAAAAAAGACGUUGCAGCUGAGUGCAAAACUUGUCAUGUACAAGUUUGUGCCAAUAUCGGAUCAAUAUCGGUAUCGGCCAGUACUAAAGACUACAAUAUCUGUAUCGUAUAGGAAGUUAAAAAGUUGUAUUGGGACACCCCUAUACAUAUAUAUAUAGAGGGCCCUCUAAUGAUCAUGGGACGAUCAUUGGAAAUGAAAAAUUUGUCAUUUAUUUGCCUUAAUCUCUGUUGUAGUAAUCUCUGUUCUCUUCCAUCACGACAAAACACACAUAUUUCACUUGUCUCUUGUAUGUAUGCCUCUUCUUGAUCAUACCGCUGUCACCCGCAGGUGGAAGGCAGAACGGUUUCUCAUCCCGGCCAGCGGGGCGAGGAGGGCCUGAGUACGACAGCUGCUCAUCCUUCAUGAGUAGCGAACUGGAGUCUACUUCCUGCUUUGAUUCAGAGGACGAUGAUGCAACCAGCAGGUCAGUGGAGCUGUUAAAGUUCUUCAUGAGGGUGGUCAACAUUUACACAUUAGACUUUCUGCUUCAGAGUAAAGCAUCUGGAUUUAUAGUUAAUGGUUCUUGGCACAGACAAGUACAAUCCUGUAGUCUGAUGGUUUUUGUGGUUACCCCCUUGAGUUCACCUCCAGGAAAGUAGAAGAAUCUGCAGCCCACUAAAGAGACUCUGAUGCUGCUCUCUGUCUUCAGGAUGUUUUUUCCUGUGGACACAGCUUUAAUAGAUCGGAACUGAAGCUUCCUUGUGUUUACAAGCUGCUUUACAAUCCAGAAAUAAAUGAUUUAUACCUGAAUAAACUUUCUGUGUUUGUCAGUCAGGUAAUUAUUAGAAGAUUUCUGGGUUUAUGCCAUUUUAUUGGCAGUUAAAGCUGAUCCUGGCUCCUGGCAGAAACAGCAAUAAAAGUUUCUUAUUAUCAUCAUCGAGGGGGAGGUCUUGUAUCAAACUGAGCCUGAUUUUACGAGAUUGUUUUAUUCCUCAAAAUACAUCGGAAUAAUAAUGGAAUAAUUUUGUAUUUAGGGUUUGGCAAUAAAAUCAUGAAUCAGUAUACAGUGCAUUUAUGACUGAGGCUAGCUCUGACUCUUUGCUGAAGUGUCAAGAGGCUGAAAGAUGGAGAAACAGGGUGACUGGAGUGAUUGUGAAUAAAGUAGAAAUUUAAAAUGACUGUCAUUCAGCCAAAAUGUGGUGUCACAGAGUGUAAAAUCCAAAGGCAACAAGAUCUUUAACUGAGCAUGCAAGUAUGUCACUGAAAACAAACAGAUCAAAAGUAUAAUAAGCAGACCCAUCAUCCAUCUGAUUGACUCCAGGUAGUUUGUGCUUUAUAAUGGUGUUGCAGUAAGUGGUUAAUUUUCACACAUAUUGUUUCAUUCAAAUUUGACUUUUUUAUUUUAAAGAAGGUAAACAGUAGAAGCAUAUCAUAAAAACUGAACUUAAAAAAAAAAAUUUCUUUUUUUCUAGCAGAACAUGAUCUUUACUGAAAUAUCUAUUACUCAAAUUUGUAUAUAGUUUGUGGUUUCAGGUCUGUUUUUCUGAUCUUUUGUCCAGAUUUAGCAGCUCCACUGAGCAGAGCUCCUCUCGUCUAAUGAGACGACACCGCCGUCGCCGACGGAAACCUAAGGCUUCCAAUAUGGACAGGGUGAGACCGCUACACCACUCAAACAAUUAAGACAACUGGACACUUUUCUGAGUCUAAUUUUAAUUUUUUUUUUCCUUCCACCCAGUCCUCCUCCUUCAGCAGCAUCACAGAUUCCACCAUGUCUCUGAACAUCAUCACUGUCACUCUUAACAUGGGUAAGUAACCUGAACAUUUCAAAUCUCUGCAUGGAAAGCAGUCACACAUGUUGGGAUGAAUAGAGUCUCUGUUUGUUUGUAAGAAAGCGUCCAGCUACGCACCAAGACUCCGUUUUAAAAUGCCCUGAAGAAGACGGGAUGCUCUGCAGAUGUUACUGAUUGGCUCCACGUUGACUCUGGCCUCAAUUUUCUUCUCUGUCUUGACUAAUCGUAUGUCUGUCUCUGCUGCUCUCGUCCUCACAGAGAAGUACAACUUCUUGGGCAUCAGUAUUGUCGGUCAGAGUAAUGAGAGGGGAGAUGGAGGGAUCUACAUCGGCUCCAUCAUGAAGGGAGGAGCUGUAGCUGCAGAUGGACGCAUAGAGCCGGGGGACAUGCUCUUACAGGUCUGUGUGUAUGACAGAGAUUGAGACACACUUACACAGACACACACAGUGUUGAAAGCGUGUUUGUGCAUUCCUAAGACUUGGACCAGGGAAUGUUUUCACAAAGUUAUUGGUCACACUUAAUAAUGUGUGACCAAUUAAAAGCAGUUUUCUUUUGAAUAAAAUCAGAUGUCUGUUACAUGUUUCAUCAUCCACCACACAGUAAUAAGUAAUAAGUUUAAGAUCUUUGAAAUAAUUUGAUCAUUCUCUUUAUUGAAAGGUUUUUGUAAUGCAUCAAAACGCCUCCGAUUUUUAGUUCGAACUGUGAUGACGAUGGCUUUUUGCCCUUCAUCCUCAAACAAUUCCCAAUUACGACCAAACCCAGUGCAGCACUCUCCUCUUUCUGUCCACAAUAUUUCAUACAUUACUUUUUUUUAUAAAUUGUUAUCAUCACCCUUCUCCUCUGUGUAAUCUUAACCACAUGAUAUUCAUUUACCAUACUGUUCUGCAGUAUGGCAGGAUGGUGAGUCUGCCGUUGAAAUGGUCAUUUUGUGUUUUAUGCUUUAGAAAAACACUACAUUUUGACAAAUCUUGCCACGUUGAACAUGACUAGUCCAACAUUUGGCUUUAUAGUGAGGGAUUAGUCAGAGCAACUGUAAUGCUGUCAAAGUCCAGUGCCUCCUAGUAUGGAUAAAUCCAGGGAUUAAAGGCUUCAUUUGGUUCUACAGUAACUAAGGAUUUCUUCUGAAGGAGAUAAACCCUUGACUGGCUCAUCCACACUUUUCUAUCCCGUCAGCUUUUCCUACUUCUCAACUCAAGAGUGUUGUUAUCAGGCGACACCUCAGCCUAUUUGAAUAGUCAUACCACGUACAUGGCUCUAAGCUCGCUCUCAGUCAUCCGUAUGUAGAAAGCAGCUGCAGGAUGAUCACAGCUGAUGUCCCACUACAACAGCUUAGAGUUUAAGCUUUUAUUGAAUUUGACUUAUUUCAUUUCUUUUGUGAUUUGAUGUCAUAUUGAAUCAUAUUUUGUUCAAAUACAUGUUGACAACCAGAACUCUGUCUCCCUGUAGGUGAAUGACAUCAACUUUGAGAACAUGAGCAACGAUGAUGCAGUUCGAGUCCUGAGGGACAUAGUGCACAAACCAGGGUAAGCAGCAAUUAGAAAUACCUGCAUUGCUAUUUUAUUUUGAGAUGGUAAAAGAAAUUCUACUCCAUAAUACAGAGGAUACAGUAAAUGAGACUAUUUGUUUGUGUUUGUGCUUUCGAACAGCCCUAUUACUCUGACUGUGGCCAAGUGUUGGGACCCAAAUCCUCGGAGCUGCUUUGCUCUGCCCAGAAGUGAGUCUUACUCUGUCUUUCCUGAUGAGCCGUGAGAAAUGCGUCACCGUGUAUUUUUGUGUGUGACUGUGGCCUGGGUAAGAUCACCCGACCGUUAUCACAUAUCCAAUGUUUAAUUUAACAGGUGAGCCAAUCCGGCCCAUUGACCCAGCUGCAUGGGUGUCCCACACAGCUGCUAUGACAGGGGUUUACCCUGCGUAUGGCAUGAGCCCUUCCAUGAGCACCGUUACCUCCACCAGCUCCUCAAUCAGCAGCUCUAUCCCAGAGACUGAACGUGAGUCACAUCGCCACCUGCUGUUACAGUUUGUUAUCAGAGCACUUCAACAACAGCUCACAUUCAAACAGAGCACAUCUUUGCAUCCCUCUUCAUGACAUUUUCUUGAUAUACUUCUUUUUCUAUCAUUUUCUCUCAAUUUUCUUUUUAAUGAGGCAUUGAAACCAAUACAAAAUCAAUAUUUUUUUGCUAAGUCUGCCAAGAUUGUAGAUAUUUCUUUCAACACUCCUGUGGGAGCCCCACCCUCUUCUUUUUAAAAAACUUCAGCAAUGCCAGUAUCUCCCUGAGACUUGUGAGUAAAUCUCUGUGUUAAGUGUAGCCCUGCCCUUUCCCUGCAUUCCUGGGACGGCUGUCUGUUCCAGCUUUUUUUGGUGUCGAGGCUCACAACUUCCAUCUGCUCAAUAACUCUUGUCAAAACGAGGCCAUAACUCACAACCUUCAUACCCCUGUAAUCUUGUGGGACACUGAUGUCUUUCUUUUCUUUUUGAGAUAAAUCUUUCCACUCAGCACACCUUCUCGAACGGUAUGAUACGAUCCACAUUUUCGGGGAUUUUCCUCUCAAACAGAUCAUAUGUUUCUUGUAAUUGCCGGAGUGGAGUUGUUUUUAAAUACUUUGGGUUAACUGAAUUUAUGUGAAGAGCUUUUUUUCCAGUGCAGCUACAGUGAUGCCUGUUAUCAUUGUACUGCUGUUGUUACAAUGUGAGGCUUUGUUUGCUCUUAUUUUAAAUGAGUGUUCAGCCAUUAUGUAGAGGUAAGUCUGUAAUGGACAAAGCAAGGUCAGCAGCUUCUACAAAGACAGUGGUUCGAAUAAAGUGAUAGUGCCAGGAUUUACAAAUAGCCGGCCUCUUCUAAAACACCAAAGAUAGGUCAGGUUAAUGUGAGAGGUGUUUAUGAAAUGCAGCAACCUUUUAAAUUUGAGGUAGGUCAAAUCUCAAAGAAAAUCACACCGUUUUUAAAAAUGCAGGGAUGAUUUAAGCAGCUUCUUCUGCCAAAUCAAGAACAUCAUAAUACAGAGGUUGAGGCAGAUAGAUGAAAGCAGAUUAGGAACACCCAAAGGUAGAUUACAGCGUUUGAUAUGAGAAACAGUGUAUUUUGAAAUGAGAAGAUAAGCAAUGACACAAUACUUAUCCAGGGAGAACAUUUCUUUAAACAUGAUCAGGGAGGGUUCGAAAACAGCUCAGUUUUGGUCCAAUAGUUCAUACAAGAUCCAGAUUCAUGAUCAGAACCACACAGAGGUCAGAUUACAGUCCAGACCGCAAGAAACCAAAUAUUAUCUGAGGUAAAAUUCCACAUCGGACCAACAUUUUUGGACUUGUCCAGAUUCGGCAAUGGCGCAGACUUGUGCUUUCAUUAAGAUCGGUUCCAAAAUCUCUUGAACGCUUUUGGUUUUUGAAAAAAUAAUACCCUAAUUGUUUUGGAAACCGUUGUUGUUGUGGUGAACUCAUGCCAUUCUCAGAGAGAUCUAAAACUGAGUCAGCCCUCCUGAGAGGACGCGGUUCAACUCCUGCGGUAAUUUGACCAAGUACUCUUUUCUGUUUUCCAGGAUUCGAUGACUUCCACCUUUCCAUCCACAGCGACAUGGCAACAGUUGCUAAGGCUAUGGCCUGCCCAGAGUCAGGUCUGGAGGUGCGAGACAGGAUGUGGCUAAAGAUAACCAUCGCAAAUGCCUUUAUUGGUACGUCUGGUCGAGCAGAGGCCGCGGCUGAGCCUUUAUUAGACCCAUCUGCACGCUCACUUCUGCACUUCAUUUGAUCAGUCCAAUCAGUGCAAACCAUCAGUUUUGUUUUAUCAUGGCUGCAGAGAUUUCUCAAAGCCUCUUGCUUGGUUGUAAAAAUCCAAAUUAGUUUUCAUGGGUAAAAAUGGGAGGCCUUUUUGAGUUUGUUAAUAAUAAAAACAGUUCUGUAAAUAUUCGAAAGUAGGCAACGCACCAAUAAGUCACAUGUGAAGUACUUAAAAUCAUUAGCGGGGGUUUUAUAAGAAGUCUUUGGAAUAUGAUAAAUAAAUAAUCCUAAUCUGUGAAUCUGUGUUUCUGACUGUGUCUUCAGGCUCUGAUGUGGUGGACUGGCUCUUCCAUCAUGUCGAAGGGUUCUCAGAUCGCAGAGAAGCUCGCAAAUACGCCAGCAACCUUCUCAAGGCCGGCUACAUCCGACACACCGUUAACAAGAUCACCUUUUCUGAGCAGUGUUACUACAUCUUUGGAGACCUCUGUGGCAGUGGGUGGACACUCCAUUCUACGGCAGCCAGCUAUAACUGGCCCUGAUAAAUCAAAACAAUGAGCUUUUUCUGAUGCUUAAUCAUUUAUUCGUCUUCAUCAGCUCUUUCUUUCUUUCUUUCUUUUCUUUUCUCCCUCAGACAUGACCCACCUGUCUAUUCAUGACCAUGACGGUUCCAGUGGGGGUGCCUCAGAUCAGGACACCCUGCCCCCUCUGCCACAUCCAGGGGCAGCUCCCUGGCCCAUGGCCCUACCCUACCAGUUCCCCAUUCCACACCCAUAUGACCUCCCACAGCCCUUCCACGGAGGACCAACACCUGGCAGUGCAGGGAGCCAGCAUAGCGGUGAGUGAUGAGAGGAAAUACUGCAAUUUAUCUUGUGGUUGUGGAUUCUUUCCUUCCACCUGCAAACUGAAAACACUUUGGUUCAUAGUUUGUUGCCACAACUCUCCGAAACAAAAAAAAUCCAAAUGCAUUGUUGAAUUAUUCUGUCUGUAGUGAAUCCAUCUAAACUCUGACUAUUUGGUUCCUGAAACAACAAACUGCAAAGCUUUCUUAACCUCUUUCCAAGCCAUAGAAAUUUUGAUUGAUGAAUCGCUUUGCAGAGAGGUUUAAAGGACUACUACUUGUUUAAUAUUUUGUCUUCUCACAGUCAAGAGAAAGUAUCACAUUUUAUGUCCACAUUCAAGAUUUGAGUGCAUGCUUAACUCACUUCAAAGACUUUGAGAAAACAUCCCUUUUUCUGUAAAGUGAGUUUUUGUCCUCCCAGUAGUCCCAGCACUGUUUUUACCUGUUCAAUAUGUGCUUUAAAUGAGUGGGAUUAGAGAACCAGACAUUGUGGUUUGAGGAGCUGUUUGCUUACAUAACAGAGAUAUUUACUGACUCACAACAGCUGGGCUCACUGACUGCACUGAGUACCCCAGACGUCCUGUCCUCAUUUAGUGGUUGCAUGCCAGCACUGAACAUAGUCCUAAAAGGUUUACUCACAGAAAGAGGAAGAAUGUGGAGCAACAUUUGGAGCUGUCCGUAGGUUUUCAGUAGCUCUAAGUUCUGAUCCUAAGCUCGUCCCAGACCUACUUUUCAAAAAGAUACAGAGAGUUUAAAUGUUUUGACAUAUCUGUUGGUUCAAUGUGAACACGCACGCUUUUGAAAAUGUCGGACUGCUCUUUUGGAGAUAAAAACAGUUUCAGUCUUAUCAGCAGACUGAGGGCCGAGCUUCAGAAGUAGACAGGCCGUUUCUAGUAACAUAAUGACAAAGGUGCAGUUGCCUUUGGCUAGGCAUUUCAGCCAGUGGGAGGCAGUGAUUGCUCAGUGACCAUGUCUGCAUUAGUCAUGCAGCUCUCAGGAGAAUUUCCCUCAAACUGGGUCAGCGUUUCCUGCAUCAUUUCACUUUCAUUCAAAGCCAAAUAAGUUGCAAAUUCAGUUAAUUUAAACUAAGAUCCAUUAAUUUUUUGAACUUAAAGUUCUGAUUAUAAUGCAUUUUUCCCUCUGUCUACAGGAAGCAGCGGUUCCAACUGCAGUAAGAACGAGGGGCGGAAAUCUGGCGGCAGCGGCAGUGAAACUGAGAUAAGGAGCCACCGAGCUCCCAGUGAGCGCUCAGCAGCUCCCCCAAGUGAGCGAAGUGUCCGUAGCUCUGUCAGCCACCGCAGUGCCAACUCACACCUAAUAGCCUACGGUCCAGGCCUUGUUUACGGCCCCCCUGGCCUGCCUCCCCAGCCCCAACAUCUGUCUACAGCAGCACCCGGUGCACCUCCAGGGCGAGAGCUUGCCUCUGUACCACCAGAGCUCACUGCCUCACGCCAGUCCCUGCGCAUGGCAGUGGGAAAUGCCGGAGAAUUCUUCGUUGACGUAAUGUAACCCAGGCUGUAGGAUGAUAACAAAGUAGCAGAAAGGACCUUGUAGUGCUUUUGUGAGGCAGAGUAGGACAGCAUGAAAAGACAGGAAGGAGGGCAGAUUGCAAAAGCUGUAACCCAAGCCCUUGAUUCAACUUCUCUAAAACCAGAAAUGGAAACCAUGUUGUGUGUGUGUUGAGAGAAAAUGUUCCUCCUCUCUCAGGCUUUUCUUCCUAGUAGUAGUGGCCAUACUUUCUUCAGUGAAGAAAACCCCCCUUACUCAAGAUGGAACCAAAGCGCCUCUCUCUGUUUCCUCUUCUCAGUGGGGAAGAGUUUGCAUGAGGACAAAAGAACAAGAGAGGGAGGGAAGCGGUGGAAACAGACAGCUAGGGAAGAUGACUCAGCGCUUUGCUACAUGGAUGUUUUUCAUUUGCUCUUCUCCUCACUCUUCCCUCCUCUCUGCCUUCCUUAUCUAACUUUCUCUGUCCUCCCCCUCCCAUGCUUACCACAAACUGAGAGAAAGAAGCCUCUUCCCUCCUCUUCUUUCAAUCCAUUGACCUCUAACUAAGAAAACUAAAAGAAAGCUGAAACGAACUCUUUUUAACUACGUUCAGACUUUUUGACUGUUUGCUUUACUUGGGAGAAUGACAUGAAAAAAAUGUAUGUAGUGCAAAAGAAUCAGUCUUUACUGUCAGAAUGCAUUUGUUUUAUUAUAUAUGUAGUUGUCCACAGAUAGUUUCAUUAAUCAACGCUAAACAUGAACAUCCAGCUUGAAGAGUCAUUUUUACACGACAUAACUGCAUUUUCAUCUGUAAACCAGAGCAUUUUCUGACUCUGUGUUGUGACAAUGUAUAGUGAAAAAAGUUUCUUACCAUGUCUUUCACACUACUCUUAUCAAGGAAAAAUGUGUUUUUAUUUAUAAAUAUAGUUUUAUGACUUAAAUCUGCUGCUUUAUGGGGUUUUUUUGUGUCUGUGUGUGUGAAUCCAUGUGUGUAUGAAGCAAAAAGUUGCAGCCUAGUUUGUUUAUUUUCCUUCAUGAUACCCAAGGUCAUAUUUGCAUUUAAAGGCAGUGGAAUCCAGACAGUCCAAGGGAAUGCAAGGGUUGAGCAAUCUGGUGCACAGAUGUGUGUGUGCGUGCAUGUGUGGGCUGGGGCUGUGAGCAAAAGGAUUAGCCUGUGUGUGCAUUUAGAGUUGCCUCAGACUCGACUGACCCAGUGCUUCAUGUUCCUAUGGUUUGGCAGGGAAGAAAAACUGAUUCUACCUGUAGAAAAU